AACUGUUACCACUUAUCAUUUGAUGUAUAUUAAUUUAAACAUUAAUUUAACAUCUUAAGAAACAGAAUCAAAUAGUUCCAGUAACAGAGAACAGCUCUGGGUCGUUUGGCUCCGCCCAUCGCUUUAACUGAGACCAUGUUCUCUAUCACGUCCGCAGUUCGUAUUUAUAUAGAGAGUCUCUGUCCGACAGACUCAUAUUCAUCUGAGAAUCUGUCAGAUAAAUAAACCAGCACCAUGAGUGGAAGAGGCAAAGGCGGAAAGGGACUCGGAAAAGGAGGCGCUAAGCGUCACCGUAAAGUUCUCCGUGAUAACAUCCAGGGAAUCACCAAACCCGCCAUCCGCCGCCUGGCUCGCCGUGGCGGAGUCAAGCGAAUCUCCGGCCUGAUCUACGAGGAGACCCGCGGUGUCCUCAAGGUCUUCCUGGAGAACGUCAUCCGCGACGCCGUCACCUACACCGAGCACGCUAAGAGGAAGACGGUCACCGCCAUGGACGUGGUGUACGCGCUCAAGAGGCAGGGCCGCACCCUGUACGGCUUCGGAGGUUAAACCCGGACACGCUCCUACAAACACAACGGCUCUUUUAAGGGCCACCCACUCAAACCACAAGACCUCUCAUUUCUGACCUUAUACAGAUUUGACUAAUCAAUACAGUCUGUGCCCAAACAGGAAAUCAUUGCAUGUGUAUGAGCAGUCCGUGGUCGGCAAGAGGAUGAAACUCAUUUCCUGUAAAGUUUAAUAAAGAAAACUGGUGAUUCAGUUAUAUUCUGUUAAUAUUAGGCCUAUCAUCAUACAGG